GCGGGGGAGAUGAGCGUGGGUCGCGCGCUCACGGGCUGCGUGCUGUGCGCGCUGAUCGUCUCCACGCUGCUGGGCAACACGCUGGUGUGCGCCGCCGUGGUCAAGUUCCGCCACCUGCGCUCCAAAGUCACCAACUCGUUCGUCAUCUCGCUGGCCGUGUCCGACCUGUUCGUGGCCGUGCUCGUCAUGCCGUGGCGCGCCGUCUCCGAGGUGGCGGGAGUGUGGCUCUUCGGGCGCUUCUGCGACACGUGGGUGGCCUUCGACAUCAUGUGCUCCACGGCGUCCAUCCUCAACCUGUGUAUCAUCAGCAUGGACCGCUACUGGGCUAUCUCCAGCCCCUUCCGCUACGAGCGCAAGAUGACGCGCCGCUUUGCCUUUGUAAUGAUCGGCGUGGCGUGGACCCUCUCCAUCCUCAUCUCCUUCAUACCCGUGCAGCUCAACUGGCACCGCGCGCGCGCCGAGCCCCCGAACUCCACGGAGGACUGCAACGCCAGCCUGAACAAAACCUACGCCAUCUCGUCGUCUCUCAUAAGCUUCUACAUCCCGGUACUCAUCAUGGUGGGCACGUACACGCGCAUCUUCCGCAUCGCGCAGACACAGAUUAGACGCAUCUCCUCGCUGGAGCGCGCGGCAGGUCCACGCGCGCCCAAGCAGCGUCCUCAUCACCGCGCGUCCACGCAGGAUGAGAACUCUCUCAAAAGUUCUUUCAAGAGGGAGACCAAAGUUUUGAAGACGCUGUCCAUCAUCAUGGGGGUCUUCGUCUUCUGCUGGCUGCCCUUCUUCGUGCUCAACUGCGUGGUUCCGUUCUGCGAGGCGGACGCGCCAGACGCGGCACCCUGCGUCAGCGACACCACCUUCAGCAUCUUCGUGUGGUUCGGCUGGGCCAACUCGUCCCUCAACCCCGUCAUCUACGCCUUCAACGCCGACUUCCGCAAGGCCUUCUCCACCAUCCUGGGCUGCAACAGGUUCUGCUCGAGCUCGGCCGUGGAGGCGGUGGACUUCAGCAACGAGCUGGUGUCCUACCACCACGACACCACGAUGCACAAGGAGGCCUGCGCCGAGCCGAGGCACGACCCCGAGCAGCACUUUGACAAGGUCUCGGUGGUCUCGGGCGACUCCCGGAACCGCGCCAACCCGCUGCUUCCUGUCAUCCUGCAGUGCGAAUGCGAGGCGGAGAUUUCGUUGGACAUGAUGCCCUUCAGCGACUCUUACGUCAUCCCGGGUCAGGUCCACAACCUCUGAGGGACCUGUGAACUCUUGCGUUGCAUUGGACCUUAACUUUGGGGACAAAUGACCAUAUAUGGACCUCCCGAUUAUGUUUCUUUUUUAACUAAACACCAUAGAACAGGCAUCCUUGAUGACAUUUGUCCAAGGGCAGACACUGUGAUGGCCAUAUGGUAUUGUUAAGAAAAUAAUACAAAAUAAAAAAAUACAUGUAUAAAAAUAAAUAAAUACAAUUUAAAAUUAUUAAAAAAUGAAUACAAAUUUAUGGAUAAUAAUCUGUGGAAAGCCAUCUUCCUUUACUUCCCCUUCAUUGUGAAGCAUAUGCCUCGAUGAUGCCCCCUGCAGAGUGGAAGAAGUACUGCUUUAUAUUAUUUGGUUGAGGUUUGGCGGACCGGAUGUGGCCCGUGGGCCGCCUAUUGAGGACCCCUGCCAUAAAACCUUUUCAAAGCUCAGCAAAUAAAAGUG